UCUCUCUUUCUACUCGUUCAGCUUCACCCUCAUCUUCCAAAGCAAAAAAGAAAAGGACCAACCUUAACAAGAGGAGGAAAAAAUAAACCCCUCAACAGCAAAACUAAUACAACUUGCAUUACAAAAAGAUAAUAACACAAAACUUAGCCUUACCCCUUUGCCGUCUCUAACACUCAUAUAAACGCUUUUGUGUAUUCCACAUCAAUCAACAAAUCAAUAACACAUAGUGUGUUAUCGCCGGAGAGAAAGUGAGAUAUUCUUAUAAAUUAAUAAAAAUGCCUUCUUCUCUUCAGCUGGAGAUGUUUAAUCCAACCACCGACGCUGCCGCCUCGGCCUCCGCCGCCCUCGCCAACGGCUUCAACUACCCGAAGACUCCUCAAACGCGGCCACCCAUGGCGGCGCGUGGAGUCUUGCUAACGCUCCCAGCGUCCCUGUACUCCGGCGAAGGAAACGGCUUCCUUACAGAGGACGGCGUGGUCGCCUACCACGCGCACACGGUGGGCCCCAACCAGUGCUGCUCAGUGGUUACCCAGUCAAUCGACGCACCAGUCUCCACCGUGUGGGCGGUGGUCCGGCGCUUCGACAACCCGCAAGGUUACAAGACAUUCGUGAAGAGCUGCCACGUGGUUGCCGGCGACGGCACUCACGUCGGGGCAGUCCGCGAGGUCCGCGUGGUGUCCGGGCUCCCUGCUGAGUCGAGCACGGAGAGGCUGGAGAUCCUCGACGACGAGCGCCACAUCAUGAGCUUCAGCGUCGUUGGCGGGGAGCACCGCCUCUGUAACUACCGGUCAGUGACGACGCUCCACCACAACGGCGUGGACGCGACGCUGGUGGUGGAGUCGUACGUUGUUGACGUGCCGCAAGGUAACACGAAGGAAGAGACAUGCGGGUUCGUCGACACGAUCGUGCGUUGUAAUCUGCAGUCGCUGGCUCAGAUCGCAGAGAAUUUGAGCAAAAACUCAAUGUGAUUUCAUUUCAACAUUUCUAUUUUUAUUUUGUAUUGUAUGAUUUGGCUCUGUUUGUUUUUUGUUUCGAAUGUGGGUUCAGACUUCAGAUCUUGUUGUAUAUAUCUGUUGUUGUAUCAUGGAGUUGGAUGCAAGCACGUAUUUGAAAUUGAUGGAUGUGUAUGGAGAUGAGUAGGUCUGACGGCAGUGAAUUUUGAACAAUAUGUUACAUGUCCACAGUCCAUAUAUGUAAAUAUUUAUCUUCCCAGCAUUAUUUCUCUUUGGACUUCUAUAGGCAGUCCAAGAGUCCAAGAUCCAUGAAGAGGUAUUGCCAAUCUCGCAAGAAACAAAGAUGUCUCUGAAAGAUCAUAUUCAUGAUAUUUUACUUGCAAGCUAAAUACAAGUCCAUACUUCCUCUGUA